GUCGUUCUUGACAAGUGGACUCGUCUUCUCCAUCUUGUACUACUAAUUUUUUGAAGACUCCAUCUUUGCUCCUCCUCGUCAUUCUCAUCAAUUGAAAGUCAAAGCAGCGAACGAAAAUGAAUCCUCUCCAUUGGCACAAGGUCGCUGCAAUCUCUGGUGUGGCAGCUCUUGGAUUGGGAACUUACGGUGCACAUUUCUUCAAACCCCAAAACCCUACUUACAAAGAUGUUUGGCAUACUGCAUCUCUUUAUCACUUGGUUCAUACAGCAGCCCUUGUUUCAGCUCCUAUCACUAAAUACCCAACUGUUUUUGGAGGCCUUUUAACUACAGGAAUAUUGGCCUUCUCUGGGACGUGUUAUGCUGUGGCAUUUAUGGAAGAUAGGAAGUUCUCUAGACUAGCUCCAUUUGGCGGUUUUGCCUUCAUCGGUGCUUGGGCUAGUUUACUACUCUAAACGUCGAGCCUUCAUGGAUUUCGAAUUAUAAGCUUUAUUUGCUUGUAUAAUUUGCGUUAUUUUCAAUUGGUAUAGUGUUCGAGUUUGAAAAAUUCCUGAGAAACUCUUCAUUUGAAAUAAAUAGUUGACAGAUUUCUCAUCUUGAUUCAAAUAUAAAUAGCUGUUUUGUAAUC